AUGUUGAAGGGCAUACCACAGAGAUGGAGGUUGCUGAGUGGCCAGGAUAACUGGAAGAAUCUCUUGGAUCCACUUGACAUUGAUCUUCGUCGUUACAUUAUCCACUAUGGUGAGAGAGCUCAAGCAACUUAUGACACAUUUGACCACGAAAAGGCAUCAAAGUAUGCAGGUUCCAGCCUAUACAAACCAGAUGUUCUAUUUAAAUCCGUAGGUUUAUAUAAGAGAAACCCGUUCAAGUACAAAGUUGUUAAGUAUCUGUAUGCGACAUCAAAAACUAGUGUUCCAGAUGCAUUUAUCGUGAAGUCAUUGUCAAAAGAUUCUGUGUGCAAGGAAUCAAACUUUAUGGGGUAUGUUGCUGUAGCCACUGAUGAAGGGAAGAUUGCACUUGGAAGAAGAGAUAUUCUUGUUGCCUGGAGAGGCACAAUCAGAAAUAUAGAAUUAGCGAAGGAUUUUGAUUUUCCUCUGGUGCCAGCAUCUGUGAUACUUGGAAAGGACAUUAAUGCUAAGGUUCACAAGGGUGUACUUUCAAUUUAUACUUCAUCUGAUCCUCAAUCAACAUACAACAAACAGAGCGCAAGGGUUCAGGUUCUUGAAGCGAUAAAGUCACUAGUUGAGGAAUUCAAGAAAGAGGAAGUGAGCAUCACAAUAGCUGGCCACAGCUUGGGAGCUGCCCUUUCAACUAUGAAUGCAGCUGAUAUUGUUGCCAAUGGUUAUAACAAGACUAGAGGGAUGCCAAACAAGUCUUGUAUGGUAACAGCCUUUGCAUUUGGAAGCCCACGGGUUGGAGACUCAAACUUCAGGAAUGCAUUUGAGUCUAUGAAUGACCUUCAUCUUUUGAGAGUUAGAAAUAUCCCAGAUUUGGUCCCCCAAGUCCCACCAAUCCCAUACGCUGAUGUAGGAGCAGAGCUGCAAAUAGACAGCCGAAAAUCGCCCUACUUGAAGCGUAAUGGGAACUUGGAAAUCUGGCACAAUUUGGAGGCAGCUUAUCUCCACGCAGUUGCAGGAACACAAGGAUCUAAGGGAGGAUUUCACUUAGAAAUCAAGAGAGACAUUUCCCUUGUGAACAAAAUUUUAGAUGCAGUAAAAGAUGAAUAUUUGGUACCAACUGGUUGGUGGUGUCUAAAGAAUAAAGGAAUGGUUCAACAGGAUGAUGGCUCUUGGAAACUGGAAGAUCAUGACAGAGAUAAUUAAUUGUUUAGGGAUUCUACUGUAAAUCAAACCUGUUCUUGAUGUGGCUAUAAUCAGCUCCAAAUUCUGCUUUUUUGGCUUUUCAGCUUUUCAUUUCUAUCUUUGAAUCAACAAGCGAGUCCCAAAAAAACUAAGAUCAAAGAGAACUAAUCCUCGAUAGAAGUCGUGAAGCAAUAGGAAUCCAAAUCAUGACAGCCAACUCCAGCUCUCACCAUUUUCAGUAGACAAAAAAGGGGUGAGCAAAA